AUGUCGUCCGGGUCCUAUUCACUCUCGAAGAUCAAUCCGAAGUUGUUGAGACGGAUCUACCGUGCCUGUCGUCCUACGCUCAACGAACCCAACCUUGCGUUGAACCUAGAGAUCUGCGACUACAUCAACGCCAAGCAAGGCUCCACCCACAGAGAUGCCGCCAUCGCCGUGGCAAAGCUCAUCAGUCAGAGAGACCCCCAGACCUCCGAGCUCGCCAUCUCGUUGUUGGACAACCUUGUCAAGAACUGCGGGUACCCGUUCCACUUGCAGAUAUCCAGGAAAGAGUUCUUGAACGAGCUCGUCAAGAGGUUCCCUGAGAGACCCCCCAUGAGGUACACCCGGGUCCAGAGAUUGGUGUUGGCCCAGAUCGAGGAGUGGUACCAGACCAUUUGUCGUACCUCCAAGUAUAAGGACGAUUUUGGGUACAUAAAAGAUAUGCAUAGAUUGUUGUCCAACAAGGGCUACGUGUUCCCCGAAGUCAAGUUGGAAGAUGCCGCCGUGUUGAACCCCUCGGACAACUUGAAGACCUUGGAGGACAUCCAGAAAGAAGAGUCGUUGGUCCGCAGUGCCAAGCUCCAGGAGUUGAUUAGAAGAGGCAGACCUCAAGACUUACAAGAGGCCAACAAGUUGAUGAAAAUUAUGGCUGGUUUCAAGGACGACCACAUCGUCGAGAGCAAAAAGCAGGUCAGUGAUGACAUCGCCAGAUUGAAGAGAAAAGUGGAGAUCUUGGCCGAAAUGUUGAACAACGUCGAAGGUGGGGGCACGAGCAUCCAAGACAAUGAGGCCAUUGGCGAACUCUACGCUUCGGUGAAGAGCUCUCAGCCAAUUAUCACCAAGAUCAUCGAAGAAGGCCAUGACAACGAGGACGAAGUCAAUGACCUUUUGGCAUUGAACGAUAAUGUCAAUUCUGUCGUGAGUAAGUUCCAAUUCUUGAAGAAUGGCCAGGUCGAGGAAGCUUCCAAGAUUAACGUUCAAGGUGCAAGUGGCUCUGCAAAUAAUGACUUGAAUCUUAUUGAUUUUGACGAUGAUAUGCCAAUCAGCAAUGACAAGAGAGACGACCAAGGCUACAAUGAUUUGUUGAGUGACUUAGCCAACAUAUCCUUUGGCGAUAACAACGGUGCAGUUGCAUCAGCAAAUGGUAGCAAGGUCAACCCUCUUGACUUGUAUGGAGCAGGGGGAUCUAUUGCCUUGGGUGGAAAUUCGCUGGCUUCUUCAGGAACCCCUUUGCAACAGCCCAAACCAUCCACUUCUAAUGAUCUUGAUCUUUUGGCCGAUUUCAAUUCUCCUUCACCUCAAUUACAGUCCAACACCAACCAAGCUAACAAUUCAUUAGAUCCAUUUGGUUUCAACUUUCCCUCCUCAACCCCAUCUCAGGUGCAGUCUCCCUCAGGACAGUCUCCUUCCGGACAAUACAAAUCGACGACUUUAAUCAACCAAUCUGCCUCUCUUAAGGUUGAAAUUGGUAUCUUGCCAUCAUCCACCAAUCAAUUAUUCCAAGGUAAGAUUUUGCUUAGCAACGCCCAAUCAACCAUCCUCAACCAGUUGAAGUUUUUGCUCGCUGUUCCAAAAUCCUGUAAGUUGAACUUGAAACCUCAGUCGGGCGAUGUUCUCUAUGGCUUCAGCAAUCAAGGUAUUAGUCAAGAAUUUUCUAUUGAAAACUCUUUGGACAAGCCUUUGAAGGUUAAGUGGAAGGUGGAGUAUGUUUCCGGAGGCUCCCACAAUGAAGAGACCGGAGUGAGUAACUUAAGUUAG